CAUAACCCCACCUGUCAAUGCAGUGGGUCCCGGACCAUUUCCAUAACCCUGAAGCAAAGGAGUAGUGUAGCACGAUGACUCAUUGGAGAUCAUCAACGGUGAUGUGUCACAAGAUUAUAAAAACGAAUGGAUGGUCCAGUCACUGAAAGAAAGGCAUAUAUUGCUAUUACCAAAAUUAUGUCAGAAGAAGGACAGGAAAUUUCUGAUUUUGAAGGCCAGACGAAAAUUGUGAGCACAAAUGCAUACACAGGUAUUGCUGCAACGUUGUUAUCAGAAGAAAAAACUUCUCAUCGAACUUUCUGUUUGCUAAUAUUCUCAACAGCAGAUAGCACAUCAUCAUUUCUUCAUGGAUCCAAAGCGGCUGUAAAACUGAGAGAAGUGGAUAUUUUAAUCUGGGAUGAAACUCCAAUGGCACCAAGAUAUUAUACAAGAAAAAAUUCCUGAACUACAUCAAGUCUCGAGACCCCAGACAA